GUCAGAGCCUAUUCCAGGCGCUAAACUUAGUCUGUCUUGUGGGGGAGCGGUCAAUUUUGGCAAUUCAAGAUAUUUUUCUUGACAAGCUUCAAUCUUCUGAGAUGCGACGUUCUCGAAAAAAGGGCGGGUCAGCGACUUUUCGUGAUAUUUGCGAAAGGAAAAUACGUUCGCCGAUAGCGCAGUAACCCAAAUUGACGAGACUAAUCCGAGUCCAAAAUACCACUGUCGCCCAACUCGGCGCGUUUCCAUUGCAUGUUAUCGGUGGAUUGAUGAUGCCGUAGUUAAGCUCGGUCCAGGACAAAACAAGAAAAAUGGUGAAGCGCAAGUCUUACGGGGGCGAAGGCGGACAUUCAGGGAAGAAACAAAAGACUGCUCACAUACAUGAACCGCCAACUUCCGAAGAGGUCUAUAACGGAAGACAGCUUCGUCAGCUGCUGUCUUUCCAGCAAGACCUUCGACAAGCUCGACAUGGCCUCCAGUCCUUUAAGAACCUCCUCGAUAGUAUCGUCAACGGCGAAGACACCGAUUCCGAGAAACAGCAAAUAUUACUCGAAUUUCUAGAAUCGGUAAAGCCUAGAGAAAGGGAGGAUGAAGUCCCGGUGUACCUACCUGAUAUAAUGGAGACAUGGGGCAUGGCUGUCCAGUUGAAUAAUGAGAAUGUCAUGUCUGCCGUUGCUGUCGUACUCGCGCUUCUUCUCAAAAUCUUAUCUGGGAACGUAGACCAUGUCUCGUACGGCUUGGGAAUAUGCCGAACCCUACUCCAAAAAAGACAGCAAGAACUCAUCGCCAAAAAUCUUUCAGCCGACAAUGGCAAAGAUUUUAUAAUAUCGCCCACGUUAAGGCUUCUCAGGGAAGCCGUGAGCUUAGAUGGUGGUGCCCUUGCGGCGCCAAUUUUCAGAGCCAGAAACAAUACAUUCAAAUCACUUGCUAGGAAUAUGGGACUUCGAUAUUUGGGAGAAGGCGUGGAAGACCCUAAACGACCGUCCGUUAGAACUAAUGCGAUUCACUUUCUACUGAGCAGCCUGAAGCUGCUCCAUGUCGAAGCGAAGCGGGACCUGUUAUCACAGAAGGACAUUGUCGCCGCUCUCAUGAGACAUAUCAGAAAGGAUCCUCCCUCGUUGAUCUACGAAAUACUAAAUACUCUAAGAUCAUCCGUCAUCCUGGACAAAAAGCUACCAAAGGAGAUCAAGAUUAGGAUCCUAAAUGCUUACUCACUUAUCAGGAUAGCAGAACUUUAUGGAUACCCCGAAGAUACUACAGAGCACGAGAACGAAUUGGACGGUGAACGACCGUCAGUUGAAGAUUCGGCCCAUGCGUUUUUACUCGCUGCUUGUACCGAUUCCGAUGCUGGUAUCCGUCGGUUAGAACACGGUUAUUAUCCCGAUGGUGUAGAUCCUAAUGCCACACCGUCAAGUGUCAAUGACGAUCAGCCUGUGGACUUCGGCAUCGAUAGUAUCCCUUGGAUGAGCAAAUUUGAAAACGAUGUACCUGUGCGUAACACAUUACUGGCGGAAUUCAUCCAGACAUUGCGGCCGUGGUCUAGCACAAAGCAGAAUGACCUCCUGGUAGCAAUUUUCGAGAAAUCGCCGGAAUUAAUCGCCCAUUAUUUCUGCCAUCGGAAAUCAUUCACAUUCGAUCCAAAGCUCACCGCGACAUGGAUUGGAUAUGCUGCACUGUUAUACAAUACUGUUCAACUCCCAAUUCCGUCAUGGUUUGGACAUGCCAAGGGUUAUGCAACAGUUCCGCCUCCUACUUCUGUAGUGCUUGGAAACAUAAUCCCGCUACCCAUGACGCAGAAAGCGAUCACACGAUGUUUCUCAAUUCAAUCUAAACUUACUUCUUUUUAUGUCAUUCGCCUCUUAACUCUGUCGAUACAAAAACUAGGGCGAGCUCUAGAGAUGUACCGAGAAGCGUCAUCGUCAUCCGAAUCUCUCUGGGAAGAAGCGUCUCGUCGACUUCUUGAUGAGUUUUACCAAAGGAUACCCGAUAUGAAGGAUGUCAUCAAAUGCUAUUUAGCAAUGGAUCAAAAUGAUCUACUUCAACGACAAGCUGCGAGUCAUCUACUGUUACUUUAUUACGAAAUAAUUCCCCAGUUCGCAUUGAAGGCUAAAUUUGAUGUCUCGCCAAUACUUCUGUCUAUGAUUAAAAAGGUCGAAACUUCCGAAGCAACGGGAGAAGAUAUGGUUAUGUCUUUGUUAGAACUCGAGAACUUGUGUGCAGUUGCGAAAUACUCCCCAAGCAUGCGGUGGUUCGCUCGAGCUUCCAAUAUGUCUCACUCUCCCUUUACGACUCUCCUAAGGCUGUCAGUCGAGAAGACAACUGGGCUAUCUAAUGAAAGUUUAGGAAAUGUUUUAUAUUGGGUAGCUAGCGAGCAUCAGUUGGUUGAGAGCAGGUCAAAUUUCCAGGGCCUGUAUCCCCUGAUAGCAGCAUUAAGAAGUCUCGAAAAUGUCGAUUCAGCGAUCUGGACAUUCCUAGACAACUGUGCUGAGCGCUGUGCUAGGACACCAGUCAAAUACCUUGAAAUGAUCGAAGAGCAGCUUGAGAAAGCUAAGGUCACGGAAGACAAGGACAUUAUCACUUGUCCUCUCAUGAUGACAAUUACAGAGCAACUCCCAUACUUAAUAUCGUCGCCGCCUAGCAAAGCCAUACUUAAAUCAUUGGUUCAGCUGCUUUCAGAAUUUCUUGGCCAUUCACUUGCCGCCGGUGUGAAUAAACGAUUCCUGAAGGCCACUAAGGAACUUUUGGCCGCUAGUCUUGGCGACCAGAAGAAAGUUGGAGCGAAGCUGCGCAUCCUAGAGAGGGAAAAGUCUACACCCGAAACACAAGACGACUCUCACCAAAAUGGUGCCGCAGUUAUUAAUGGGCUGGUGAAUGGUGUUGUCAAUGGGGCGGACGACGAUUCAAACCAUGAACUUAGCCCGCAGGACCUGGAACAAAGGCUUUCGGUUCCUAUCGCAGUGGCCAAGGAUAGUUCCUUAUCGAGAUGGGCAUCAAAAACAUCCGAAGAACUCGUAGAGGAGGGAUAUGCGGCGUCAUUAAUACGCUUGCUUUCCUCUGAGCAUACUAGUAUUCGGAAAGAAGCUCUGACUAAUAUCAUUAAGGUGGCUGCGAAGGUUAAGGAUUCGACAUAUGAAAAUAGUGAGCAAGUGUGGCUCUUACUUAUGGAACUUGCGGAAUCGGCUCGUGGUUCGAUCGCUGAUAGUCCUCUGCCGAGCGUAAUCGUCACCUUCGCUUGCAAAGCUCUCGAAGUCCUAAGCAACCCUCUACAUUGUCUCUACGAGAAGGUCAAUCUGUUCCUUACUAGCGGACCAGUGUGGUCUCUAGAUAGGAUACCUCUUCUACAAAGCAUUCUCCAGGAGGGCCCAACCGAAGAUGGCGCAUUCUACUCCGAAGUCAGCUGGCUUUUAGGCUUUCUCCUCGACAGCUUACAAACACCUGCGGAUGUCGCGUUAUUCCACCAACGCAAAGUCUUCGAAAGGUUGUUUGCCUUGACCUGCAAUCCCUUCAUGGGUCCUAAUCUCAGGACCCAAAUUCUGCGGAUUGUCUAUAGAACGACAACAAUCGAAGGGGGAAGCGAUACCCUGAUCACAAGGUUCGGGGCCGUGAGCUGGGUAUUAGCGCAGAGGGAUGCCACUAUGGACGCUGACGAACGUGCAAUAUACCAGGCGUUGUUGGGGAGAUUAUGGGAUACAUGUGACCAAAAACGUAUUUCGGAGUGGAGUAAGGGCGGCGUUGAGAGGCUCGUAACAUAGGCAGUGAUAGUGUGUACCAAGCCUUUCCUGAAUAUUCAACAGCAUGAUUUGCCUAGCUGCUGUUUAUAAGUUUCGACUUGUGGUUUGCAUAUAAAUGAACGGUUACAUAAUGAAGGCCUGCUGUCACGUUUCUACGCACGUGAAAUAAAGGCCUCAGGCCGCUUA